AUGUGGAAAAUUGGUGAACAAAGAGAUUCUAUAGAUAGAAUAGUUGCUGCACAUCCUGGUGAAGAUGAAAAAUACUAUUUGAGACUCUUGUUGACAAAAGUUAAAUGUCCAACCACAUUUGCUGACUUGAGAACUUUUGGUGGAGUUCAAGUACAGACUUUCCAUGAAACAGCACUGCUAGGGGAUUAUUGGAGCAUGAUGAUGGCUAGAAACUUUAUUUAUGAUAUGGAAAGUCAAAAAAGAGCAUUAAAUGCAGAAAGAAACAUAGUUUUUACAUCAGAUGAUCUAGAUGCUUGUGCUUUCUUGAAUCAAAAGCAAAAAGAAGCAUUUAAUCUCAUUUCUGAGAGAGUUUACAGCAAUAAAAGUGGUGCUUUUUUCAUUGAUGGUUCGAAAGAUAUUGGAAAAACCUUUUUAUACCAUGCAUUACUGGUAGAUAUUAGGUCAAAAGGUUAUAUUGUAUUACCCAUUGCUACAUCCAGCAUAGCAGCUUCAAUUCUUUGUGGAGGAAGAAUAGCUCACGCACGAUUCAAAAUUUCAAUAGAUAUUUCUGAUCGAUCAACUCGUCGUGUGAGUAAGCAAAACUCUUUAGCAACUUUGAUAAGAGAAUCAAAGUUGAUCAUUUGGGAUGAAACUCCUAUAUCUAAACAAGCAAGUAUUGAAGGAUUGGAUGAUUUGCUUAAAAACAUCAUGAAUUCAAGUGAAAUUUUGGGUGAAAAGGUAGUGGUUCUUGGAGGAGAUUUCAGGCAAAUGCUACCAAUUGUUUGCAGUGGAACUAAGGUUGAAACUAUUAAUGCUUGCUUGAUUAAUUCUCCUUUUUGCCACAGUUGCAAAAGUUAUAGUUAA